AUGCACCGCUUCAUCCACGCGAUUGCGGUGGUGGCUAUGCUAUCGUGCAGCUGGCUGAUCGCCCCCAUCGCAUCGUUUCAAUGCAAUGGAGGGGGAAGCCAUCCUACUGAAAAAUGUCUCUGGCUCGAUACCAGAGUCAACAGAUGCUACAUCUACGACCCCGACACUCCGGGUACCUGCAAUUCCAAGGCCAGCCCACAUUGCUGUCACGUCCGAGGAACUGGGAUGCCCACCACUGAUCCCGACUGUGGAAAAGCCAAUCGUUGGGUAGCCAGCUACUGCCUAGAUCCUUCCUAG